GGGGAGCCCCGCCCCGUCGCAGGGCGGAAGCGUCUUCCCGCCGGAAGCGCGUUUUCGCACUUCCGCUUCUUCCCGCGCGGCGCUGAGCUGCCCCGUUUCACUGAGAGGAGGACGCCCACGGGGCCCGCCGCCAACCCGCCAGGAUGUCGUACAUGCUGCCGCACCUGCACAAUGGCUGGCAGGUGGACCAGGCCAUCCUCUCGGAAGAGGACCGGGUGGUGGUCAUCCGCUUCGGGCACGACUGGGACCCGACCUGCAUGAAGAUGGAUGAGGUGUUGUACAGCAUUGCUGAGAAGGUAAAAAACUUUGCUGUUAUUUAUCUUGUGGAUAUCACUGAAGUACCAGACUUCAACAAGAUGUACGAGUUGUACGAUCCUUGUACUGUCAUGUUUUUCUUCAGGAACAAACACAUCAUGAUUGAUUUAGGUACAGGUAAUAACAACAAGAUCAACUGGGCAAUGGAAGAUAAGCAAGAGAUGAUUGACAUUAUAGAAACUGUUUAUAGAGGAGCCCGCAAAGGUCGGGGUUUGGUGGUAUCGCCAAAAGAUUAUUCCACAAAAUACAGAUACUGAUAUUUCUUUGGGGCUGCCUUUCUGUUUUUUAACCCUACAUCCACAUAAAUCUAUUGUUGUGUAUGUGUACAUAUAUAUAUAUAUUAAAAGAAAAAACCUACAAAUCCUUCAA